AUGAAGGUCCUCAUUCCUAUCCUUGCCUCCUCCCUGGCGAGCGCUCACACCAUCUUCUCCUCACUCGAAGUCGGCGGCACCAACCACGGUGUUGGCAACGGCGUGCGCGUGCCAUCGUACAACGGCCCUGUAGAGGACGUGACGUCCAACUCCGUCGCCUGCAACGGGCCUCCAAAUCCGACAAGCGCGACCUCCAAGAUCAUCGACGUCCAGGCCGGCUCCACUGUGACCGCAACGUGGCGUUACAUGCUCAAUACUGGCGGCACUGCCCCGAACGACAUAAUGGACUCCUCGCAUAAAGGCCCAACCAUCGCCUACCUCAAAAAGGUGACGGACGCGACCACUGACUCAGGCGUCGGUGGCGGUUGGUUCAAGAUCCAGGAGGAUGGCCUCGACAACGGCGUCUGGGGCACCGAGAAGGUCAUUAAUGGCCAGGGAAAGCACCAGAUCAAGAUCCCGUCCUGCAUCGCACCGGGUCAGUACCUGCUCCGCGCCGAGAUGAUUGCCCUGCACGGCGCCAGCAAUUACCCCGGCGCACAAUUUUACAUGGAGUGUGCGCAGAUCAAUGUCGUUGGCGGGACUAGCUCCAAGACACCUUCCAACAUCGUCAGCUUCCCUGGUGCUUACAAGGGGACUGAUCCAGGUGUCAAAGUCAACAUCUACUAUCCGCCGCUUACAUCUUACACCAUCCCGGGUCCCUCCAUCUUCACUUGCUAG